GUUUGUUUGUUACCAAUUCUAAAAUUAAGUUGAAACAAUUGUUACGUAAUAAUUAUUUCCAGUAUUACACACACACUGGCUUGUGACGUCACAAUGACGUAUUAUCAUUUCAACUUCAUCAUUGCAUUGAUGACGUCAUUAUUCGCUUUGUCAUCUCAAAAAGCAGAUACACCUCAUCCACAUAUUUCACCAAACAACUUAAGCAACUACGAACAAGGUGACGUCAUCAACUUUGAAUCGGUUCCGCCCAAAACUGCGUUGCAUUCGUUUCUACACAACCAAUGCAAAAAUCAAUCUUGUUUCUUGUUAAAUUGCGACCAAGGGAAAAUAUACUUCGUAAGAACAGGGUGUUGCGCUUGCACUUGUAGAAGAGGUUACAUACUUGCGCUAAACCGACGUUCGUGUGCAAAAGCCAGGUUUGGUGAUUGGUCAAGUUGGAGUUCAUGCAUUGUAUCUGUGUGGGGUGGGGUGCAACACAGAGAACGACUUUGUAAGACCAAGUUAGGAAGAUCUGCGAAUAAUAGAUGUGUGGGUGCUGGUAGCCAAUCAAGAUCGUGUUCAAAAGUUACCAAGGAUUUUCGAAUUCGUAAAAACCUCUUGGAUCUGAGCGAUGACGAACUUCACGAUUUCAUUCAAGGGUUCGCUAAAUUAAAACAAGAUCGGUCUCUAUUCGGAUUCCUCAGCAUCGCAAAGUGGCAUGGCUGGCCUUAUAGAUGCCCAUGGUACAAACAUGGUAUUAAAGAACAUGGAGAAGGACAUUGUAGCUGGCAUCAACACCCUAUGUUUUUACCAUGGCAUAGAUUGAUUAUGGUGCAGUUUGAACUUGGUUUGUCUCGCCACAUGAAAAACAAAACUCUUGGAGUUCCGUACUGGGAUUGGACGGAUCCUACUUACAAAGGACUUCCAGAUUUAGUGAAGAACCCGACCAUUUAUGAUCCCAUAUUAAAGGAAUAUGUUCCCAAUCCAUUCUAUAGAACUUACAUACCAAGUCACGCUCCAGUUAACAACAGAACAUUGUACAAUUACCGUAUGGUUGAAGAAGCAGGGUACAGAAAACAACGUUUGAUGCUCAGAAACAUUAUACAAGCACUGAAUAUGCCGAAUUAUAAACUGUUUGACGAUAUUUCUGUACAUUCCCAUGAUCAGAUUCACGAAUGUGCUUGUGUAAAAUCCAAGAAUGUUACAACUAACUGCACAUACAGUAUGCGCAAUAUUGGCUACUCAGCGUUCGACGCCAUGUUUUAUCUUCACCAUAGUCAAAUAGAUCGUUUAUACGCGAUGUUUCGUCGCUUGAGGGAGCUACUGGGUCAACAGGAUUGGACGAAAAAAAGUUUUCUGCAACCUUAUAAGGAAGACAUACGAUUAAAUUUUUUUAACCGUCCGGAUAUUUCUGGAUCCUGGGAUUGGCCGAUGUCUCCGUUCUGUAACGCUUCAAUGAACCCAAGUUACGUCACGUUAAACAAAGACUCGUGGACCGUCGGCAAUUCUUAUUAUUACCAAGAAUUGUUCGGGUAUAAGUACGACACGUUUGAUCUUGCUAGAAGAGAUUGGAAACUUCUUCUCAAAGAUUUGGAACGAACAUUUAGCAGCGAGACCUUCGGGCACUCAUCACCCUUCGUGUCAGAGUUAGAGAAUGAUCUUGGUUUUAUUUAUAAUACAUCAGCCAAGUUUGUGGAACGGGCUGUGCAGUUUAAACGUAAACAUCUACAUUAA